AUGAGUCUUGACCAAAAUCUCUUCACAUUGAAUAUCACUCCUCGCGAGGGCGACCCGUUGGUCACGGAGCUCAUCGAUCCCUCGGGAACUGCUCAUUAUCGGAAAGUUCGUACACAGAACGCAGGAGGGCUGUAUGAGUUUAGUUUAUUCGAGCCACUUUACGAGUCAUUGCUCGCAACGGUGACCGCUCCGAGUGCUACGAGCAAGCAUAAGACAGUCGAGCUGCAUAAUCCAUCGGUUCCUGUAGAAUUGAAAUAUACUGGGACUUUCACCUUUCGUUGGUCGUUCAAGUGGGAAGAACAUGAAUUUGAAUGGAAGCGGGAAGAAUGCUUUCUCAUUCGUAAACCCGAUCCUCCAGUGCUAGUUGCGAUAACGAAAGAGCCUCCGGGAAAAAUAAAGACGAAGUCGGUUCAAAUACUUGAUUAUAAUCUCCAAAGAUUCGAUAUCAAUGACCGGAAGGGCCUUGAAAUAGUCCUUCUCUCGGCUUUGUUAUCGUUCCAAGACUACUCGGAGGAUAUACACGGUCGGAAAGAAGAUAGUACUUCGAGUACACCUUCGCUUUUGGGUACACCCGCCACGAAGACUUCAAAGACUCCGGAAGUUACCUCUCCACCGCCUGAACUGCCACCGAAACCACAAAAGACAGGAGUUGAGAAAGUUGCUGAGAUGCAGACAGGAGAGUUAGGGGAAGUUACGGUUGAGGCAGACGGCCUGGCUCAGGAUUACGCACAGUACUGUGCAAACUUGCUCGAGGGAGAAGAGACGUUCUUCGUGAUACUUCGUUCUUCAUCAGCCCUCACUGUGCCCAAAGUUCUAGAAAUUGCACACCAAACGAAGCGCAUUCGACACAAACAAGGUUUAGAUGAGGAGCUUUAUCAAUAUGUUCAAUACGAUACCGAAAAGUCUACGGGCAAGAAAGGACCACGUAUCAUCAAGCUGGAUGAUGAUGCGGAAGAAAAAGAUCGAUAUAAGCCUCCCGAGAGCUUGACAGUACAUCUAAGCAAGAUACCGUUACCUGAACUUCAGCCAAAGGUAAAGGAGAAAUCAAAGGAGAAAGGGAAGAAUAAGGACAAAGAGGCCAGCGAUGAAGACCUUAAGGAGGAUAAAUCAAAGGCCAAGAACAAAAGCAAAGAGAAGGAGGAGAGCGAAAAGGAGCGUAAGAAGCGUGAAAAGGAAGAAGAAAAGGAGCGACAGAGGAGGGAGAAGGAGAACAAGAAGAAUAAAAGGAAGAAUCGGGCAAGGUCUCUGGAUCGCGACGAGCGAGGUGCGAUGAACAGCACGUUAGCGAAGCCGCCGCCACCGCCUCAGCCAAACGUCCACAUCCCUCCGCAUAUGGUCCAUCCCAACCAGCCCUCUCCGUCUCCUUCACAGCUGAAUAAUCCAAUGGUCUAUGCUGCCCCCACACCGGUCCCGCCAAGGCCACCUCUACUGUCCCCCCAAGGUCACUACCCAACAUAUCCUACAUAUCCGACUCACCUUCGCACAGGACCUUCUCCACAACCUCCAAUGAACUAUCCCAUACAAAGACCCGUCUCUGCGUACGGGCCAUAUCUCGGCCCUCCUCAGCACCCUCCACCGCAGCAACGAGCGCAGUCUCCCGGCUCCGGCGUAACUGGACUGCUAGACAAGCUAAAGUCAUGGUAAUCUUGUCUCGACACGUCUCUUUUGCAAUAUUUGAUUACCU